CACCAGUUGGCCGUCAGGCAGGUGGGACUGCCUCCGCCGCCUUCCCGGCGAUGGGCUUAGGCUGGAGCAGCCCCGAGGAGCGGGAGCCCCUGGUGCCCCCAACUUCGCCCGCCCGGCCGCCGCCGUUUGCUCAGCAUGGCCAGACUUGCAGGGCGGCGGCGGCGGAGUCGCGGGGCAGGGGUAUGCCUCCGGCAGGGCCCCUGCCUCGCCUCCCGCCGGAGCCGGGCCGCGUGUACGGCCGGCGCUGGCUGGUGCUGCUGCUCUUCUCCCUGCUGGGCUUCGUGCAGGGCCUGGUGUGGAAUACGUGGGGCCCCAUUCAGAACUCGGCCCGUCAGGCCUUCGACUUCUCCAGCUUGGAUAUCGCCCUGCUUGUCUUCUGGGGGCCCAUCGGCUUCGUGCCCUGCUUCGCCUUCAUGUGGCUAAUGGACAAGAAGGGCCUCAGGAAAACUGUGUUGCUGACAUCCUUUCUCAUGGUGGUAGGCGCUGGCCUGAGAUGCAUACCUGUAUCCAACAAAGAAACAAGGAAAUGGCUAAUACAUGGAGGACAGCUAUUAAAUGGAUUGGCGGGCCCAACUGUAACAAGUGCUUCUCCACUUCUCUCUACUACGUGGUUUUCACCAGAUGAACGUGCCACUGCCACAGCUAUUGCAUCAUUGAUUAGUUACCUUGGCGGAGCAUGUGCAUUUUUAGUAGGACCUUUGGUGGUUCCAGGGCCAAAUAGCACAUCAGCAGUUCCCCUUGUGUUUGGAAGUAGUCCUGAGUACAUAAAGGACCGAAUUGAGGCUGUAUUGUUUGCAGAAUUUGGCAUUGUGGCUCUGAUAUUCUCUGCAGCACUAGCUUACUUCCCAUCACGUCCUCCAUUUCCACCCAGCGUUGCUGCAGCUAGCCAGAGGCUCAGCUACGGAAGAAGUUUUUGUAGGCUGCUAAGUAAUCCUCGGUUUUUGAUGAUUGCUCUGGCCUAUGCAAUACCACUGGGUGUUUUCUCAGGAUGGUCCGGUGUUCUUGAUUGGAUAUUAACUCCAGUUCACAUAAGCCAAGUGGAUGCAGGUUGGAUUGGAUUUUGGUCCAUUGUAGGAGGCUGUGUUGUUGGCAUAGCACUAGCAAGGUUUGCUGAUUUUAUCAGAGGAAUGCUGAAACUUAUCCUACUUCUGCUUCUGUCAGGAGCAACUCUGUCAUCCUUUUGGUAUACUUUGACAUGUUUAAAAACUGUCAUUCACCUUCCUUUAACUACGGCCACACUUUAUACUUCCUGCAUUUUGCUGGGUGUCUUCCUGAACAGCAGCGUCCCCAUCUUCUUUGAACUUUUUGUGGAAACAGUCUAUCCUGUUCCUGAAGGGAUAACCUGUGGUGUGGUCACCUUCCUAAGCAACAUGUUCAUGGGAGUUCUCUUAUUUUUUUUUAGUUUCUACCAUAAAGAAUUUUCUUGGUUUAACUGGUGCCUCCCAGGAUCCUGCUUACUAAGCCUUCUACUCAUCUUAUGCUUCAGGGAAUCCUAUGACAGACUUUAUCUGGAUGUCAUUGUCUCUGUUUGAAAACAUAAAACAAGGAAGUUGAAGAGGAGGAUGGAAAAUAGUACUGGGUUUGAUCUGUUUCCUUGGAAACCAUAUAGCUAAAGGUUACAGAAGAAAUUCAAAAAUUCACCUGGACUUUUUGAUUGAAUUUACAACAAAAAGGGGUUUUAUUUUGUUUUUUAAAUUCCUAAUAUGGUAUUUUAUCAUUUAGGUUACUAUGACGAGUCUUUCACUUGAAUGGAAUUCGAAUAUUUUUUAAAAAUACAUAUUCAGAAGAACGUGUGCUAGGAAGAAACAAGUUUAUGAACUGUGAUGUUUUAUUUAAUAAGAUGUUAACUGCAAAAAAUUGUGCCAACUGAAAACUACUUAUAACAAAAGUAUAAUAGCAAUAUCAUCUCAUUUAGGAAUUAAUGAUGGAAUCUUUAUGUAUAAACGCUUCUUUCUUAUUUUCUUUCUUUUUCUCUUUCUCUCUUUCUUUCUCUCUUUUUCUUUCUUUUUUUUUACCGUCUGGUAUUUAAUGAGCAUUCUGAUAAUCCCAGAUUUGUCUUGCUUUGUAAUAACAUGCUAUUCUUCAUUGUGGCAUGUUCAUACUAGUGCUUCUGUAAUGAUAAAAGUUUUCAACAUACAGUAGUUGUCAGAAUUGAACAAACUGUUGAUCUCUCACUGUGAAUCAUCUUCUGUUUAAGAUGGAAUAGGCAUAAAAUUACACUCGGAGUUAAAAAUAAUUAUGGUUAAAUAUAUGAUAAACGCUUUAACAUCUCCCCA